AUGCGGUGGCUGCUAAAGAUUUUGAUCCUGACUUUGGCCCUGUCAAGCCCAAGCAGAUGUCAAAAGAGAAGGAGGAAAGGACAGAGAGAUGAUAACCAGAUCAUCAUUAAUGAGGCCAAAACCCUGAUCUGCCCGGUGGAGAUCAUGUUCAUCGUAGACAGCUCAGAGAAAGCCAAAUCUCUGCUGUUUGAGCGACAGAAGGAGUUCGUCCUGCGCUUCAGCACUAAGCUGAUGCAGCUCCACUCAGCCGGCUGGCGUCUACGCCUGCGGCUGGCCGCCCUGCAGUACAGCAGCACUGUGGUGGUGGAGCACAACUUCAGGGACUGGCAGGACUUGGACGUCUUCCAGAGCCGUGUGGCCUCCAUGACCUUCAUCGGCCACGGCACCUACUCGGCCUACGCCAUCGGCAACGCCACCCAGGUGUUCGGCCGCGAGACGUCCUCCAGCAGCCUGAGGAUUGCGCUGUUGAUGACAGACGGGACCGACCACCCACGCAGCCCCAGCGCAGUGACGGCGGCCGCUGAGGCCAAACAGCACAACAUCAGGGUGUUCGCCAUCAGGCUGUCGGGCCUGCCCAGGGACGGUCCCGUGGGUGCAACACUGCGAUCCAUUGCCAGCGCCCCCCCGCAGCAGCAUGUCCUCAGCCUCACCGACAGCCAUCUGGAUGACAGACUCUUCAACGAGCUGCACAAAGUUUCUUUAUUUCAGUGUCCACAGCCGAAGACCUGUCUGUGUGAAAGAGGGGAGAGGGGUCACCCUGGAAGCCCGGGGAAACCAGGCGAGCCAGGGUCUGAUGGAGCUCAAGGUCCAAAGGGAUCUCGUGGGGAACCUGGCAUUAACGGACGUCCAGGAAUGGAGGGCCUUGAGGGUCGAUCUGGCAGCAAAGGGGAGAAGGGAGAACAGGGUGAAUGUGGUGCUCCGGGGAAAAAGGGAGAACACGGUGCAAACGGACCUCCUGGCCCCAGAGGCCCCAGAGGAGAACAGGGAGCCAGGGGAGGACCUGGAGACCAGGGUCCAGAGGGGCCAUCUGGACCUAAAGGUGACAGAGGACUGAGGGGUGCACCUGGACCGCCAGGAGAUAAUGGCGUUGGGUUCCCUGGUCCCAAGGGGGACAAGGGGAACCAAGGAAGACCAGGCCCUCUUGGACCAAUGGGCAGGGGUGAACCGGGGACACCGGGUCCAGCAGGGCCACCAGGCACACAAGGAUCUCCGGGGUUUCCAGGUGAGGGUCUCCCAGGACCCAAGGGUGACAGGGGGUAUGAGGGCCCCAAGGGCAGCCGUGGACCUCCAGGAGUCGGGUACAAAGGUGAUAAGGGAAACACAGGAGCCACUGGGUUGCCGGGUUUGGUGGGGUUUCCAGGGGCAGGUAUCCAAGGAGAAAAGGGGGACCAAGGGCCUACUGGGCCUUCUGGUCCCAGAGGACCUCCUGGACUGGGUAUAGUUGGACCAAAGGGUGACCAGGGUUUCCCCGGAGAGCCUGGACCCCAGGGAGAACGGGGUGUUGGUGAGCCAGGAGCAAAGGGGGAGCCAGGGCCUGAUGGGGCUGCCGGGAUACCUGGCAUUCCUGGUGAAGAUGGAGUUGUUGGGCCUAAGGGAGAGAUGGGGUUGCCAGGUCUGCGAGGCCUCGAGGGAGCACCGGGGAAAGGCAUCCCAGGAGAAAAGGGAGACAGAGGUGAUCGUGGCCCAAGGGGACUGUCAGGUUCCCCAGGCCCAGUUGGACCUGCUGGAGCUAAGGGAGAGCCUGGCAGUCCAGGGAUGAUGGGCCUACCUGGAUCUGCUGGACGCGGCUUACCAGGACCAAAGGGAGAUCCUGGACCUGUAGGACCAGCUGGACCUGUUGGAGAACCUGGAGUAGGACUCAUUGGGUUGAAGGGCAAUAAAGGAAAUCCUGGACCUGUGGGGCCACCAGGAAUGAAGGGGGAUGGCUUCCCAGGACCACAGGGGCUGCCUGGCUUACCGGGAGUGCAAGGAGAGAUGGGACCUGAAGGGAAAGGACUACCUGGACCUAAGGGUGACAGAGGCUUGCCGGGGGUUCCUGGGCCAUCAGGUCCUCCUGGAAUUGGACUUUAUGGACCAAAGGGCUCUACAGGACAGCCUGGUCCACCAGGCCUACCAGGACCUCCAGGAGAGGGCAUCCAGGGACCAAAGGGAGAGCCCGGGUUUCAGGGGCCAAUGGGCCCUCGGGGGGCACCAGGUGAUGGCCUUCCAGGAGAGAAGGGUGAUAGAGGCACUCCUGGAGCCCGGGGAAAGAAAGGAGACAAGGGAGACUAUGGAGAACCUGGAUCUACUGGACCAAUGGGGGGACCUGGAGAAAAGGGCGAGCCUGGGCUGACGAGAGAAGAAGUCAUCAGGAUUAUAAGGGAAAUCUGUGGCUGUGGUCUCAAGUGCAGAGAGAGCCCUCUGGAGCUGGUGUUCGUGAUAGACAGCUCUGAGAGUGUAGGACCAGAAAACUUUGAGUUGGUGAAGGACUUUGUGAAUGCCCUUAUUGACCGGGUGUCAGUGAGCCGAGAAGCCAGUCGUAUUGGCGUGGUGCUCUACAGCCACGUGGACAUGGUGGUGGUGAGUCUGCAGCAGCAGUCCAGCCAGGAUGAUGUCAAGGCUGCCGUCAGACAGAUGCCUUACCUGGGCGAGGGCACCUUCACGGGCAGCGCCAUCCACCGAGCCAACCAGCUGUUCCAGGCCUCCCGGCCCGGCGUGAGGAAGGUGGCUGUGGUUUUAACGGACGGGCAGGCCGACCCCCGUGACGUCAUGCAGUUUGAAGAAACAGCAACAGAGGCCCACGCAGAGGGCAUCGAGAUGUUCGCCAUAGGAGUGGUGAACAAGACUGACCCUCUCUAUGAAGAGUUCCAGGCUGAGAUGAAUGUUAUUGCCUCUGAUCCUGAUGAAGAGCACGUCUACCUCAUAGAUGACUUCAGGACACUUCCCACUCUGGAAAGCAAAAUCCUGAGUCAGAUUUGUGAGCAGGAUGACACAAUGGCAUUUGUCUUUCCACCUGUGGAAAUCCUCCCUGAGGCUCCAGACGACAGCCUCUCCAAAGAGUUCCCAGAUGAGGAAAACAUACAAGUUGAACUGCCAGUGGAGACGGUGACAGCCCCGACUCCACAGCCCCACGAGUCAGGGCGGGCCGAUGAAAACCUGGUUGAUGCUAAACUGCUCGGGGAACCCUGGGACAACCUGCCGGGCAUCAUGUUUACCUCUCCCGGGGGCCGGGGGAAACAGGGACCCGGUGUGACCUCCGUGGUGGGUCCCCAGACUCCAACUGACUUGCUGUAUGACAGAGAGAGCACACGGGCUCCAGUCAGCCCUCCUCCUCCACCUGUGACAGACUUAUCAGUGCCAGAUGAGGGCUGCAGCCAGCCUCUGGACCCAGGUCCCUGUCGACAGUACGUAGUCAAGUGGUACUACGACCCCGAGGCCAACGCCUGCGCCCAGUUCUGGUACGGAGGCUGUCAGGGCAAUGCAAACAACUUUGAGACUGAAGCCAACUGCAGGAAUUCCUGCGUCUACACGUAA